UCUCGUGCAGAGCAGUUCGCUCGAGCGGUCUGAACAAUGACUGCGCGAGAGGAUGAUGUGAAUCCAGAGAAAUGCGUGAUUUAACACCAAAACUGCACAUUGCGCUCUUUAUUACGCUUUUCCCAAAACAAACACCAUGAGUAUGUGGAUUCCUACAGAACACGAGAAAUACGGAGUCGUGCUGGCCAGUUUCCGAGGAACGGUCCAGCAUGGCUUGCCUCUGGAGAUUGGUGACACGGUGCAGAUCCUGGAGAAAUGUGAAGGUUGGUACAGAGGAUUCGUCCUUAAGAACCCGAAUGCCAAGGGCAUAUUUCCAUGCAGCUACAUUCACCUGAAGAAUGCUCAUAUCAAGAAUAAGGGGCAGUUCGAGACGGUGGUGCCGAGCGAAGACUCUGUCAUUACGGAGAUGACGUCCACCUUGAGGGACUGGGGCGCCAUGUGGAAGCAGCUCUUUGUGAAGAACGAAGGGGAUUUGUUUAAUAGACUGUGGCACGUGAUGAAUGAGAUUUUGGACCUCAGGCGGCAGGUUCUGGUGGGACACUUGACUCAUGACCGCAUGCGGGACGUCAAACAGCACAUCACGGCCCGUCUGGACUGGGGAAACGAGCAGCUGGGUUUGGAUCUGGUACCCAGGAGAGAGUUCAGCAUGGUGGAUCCGGAUGAAAUCAGCAUCACCGAACUCUACCGUCUGAUGGAGCAUCGGCACCGGAAGAAGGAAACUCCGGCUCCGGUCAGCACACAUCACCUGUUUGUGCAUCUCAAGAGUCUGAUGAGCUCAAACCUGGGCGAAGAACUGGAGGUUUUCUUCUUCAUCUACGACAGUCGAGAGAACCGACAGCUUAGUGAAAGGUUCUUUGUUAAACUCAAUAAAAACGGUCUGCCCAAGUUUCCAGAGAAGACCGAAAGACAAUGCACACUUUUUGUGGAUCUGGGAAGUGGCGACUUGAGAAAAGACGUGUAUAUCAUCGUCCACAUCAUUAGGAUUGGCAGGAUGGGUGCAGGAGAGAAGAAAAAUUUGUGUAAUGUUCAAUACAGGCGUCCAUUUGGCUGUGCUGUGGUCAGUAUUGCUGAUCUUCUCACUGCUGACUCUAAAGAUGACCACCUGCUGAAGGUCUAUGCUUGCAACACAGAAAGCGACUGGAGUCAAAUUCACGACAACAUUAUUAAGAAGGUCAAUUCCAGAUACAACCUUUCAGGAUCCAACACAGGUCUGGCGGUGGCUCUCCAGCUGCUACACGGUGACAUUGAACAGCUGCGGAGAGAAUAUAUGGUGCUUUUCACCAGAGGAGUGUCCAUCACCAAAAAACUGGGCUUCUCGGAUGUCAUCAUGCCAGGUGAGAUGCGAAAUGAUCUCUACAUGACGCUGGAGAAAGGCGAGUUCGAGAAGGGAGGGAAGAGUGUGGCAAGAAACGUAGAGAUCACCAUCUACGCAUUGGAUGCAGAUGGACAGAUUCUCAAGGGCUUUGUGGCCGUGGGUUCGGGUGAGCCGGGUGGAGAUGAAUAUCACACCUUCGUGCUUUACCACAACAACAGCCCGCGAUGGGCGGAGCAAAUAAAACUGCCGAUCCCUGUCGACAUGUUUCGAGGUUCUCACGUCCGCUUUGAAUUUCGCCAUUGUUCCACAAAAGACAAGGGGGAAAAGAAGCUGUUUGGAUUCUCAUUCGUCCCUCUAAUGCAGGAAGACGGACGGACUUUGCCUGACGGGACACACGAACUCAUCGUUCAUAAGUGUGAGGAGAACGCUAACCUGCAAGACUGCUCUCGCUACCUCAAACUGCCCUUCUCCAAAUCAAACCUGCCUGGCAACAACCAAACUGUCAAAGGCACUAAAGAAUCCCUGUGGAUCACAUCAUUCCUCUGUUCUACCAAACUCACCCAGAAUGGUGACAUGCUGGAUCUACUGAAAUGGAGAGCGCAUCCAGAGAGAAUCAGUGACAGUCUGUCCAAACUCAAAGAGAUCGAUGGCUCUGAAAUAGUGAAGUUUUUGCAGGAUACACUGGAUACUCUUUUCGGCAUCUUAGAUGAGAGCUCGCAGAGAUAUGCACUCAAGGUGUUUGAUUGUCUGGUGCACAUUAUAAACUUGCUUCAGGAUAGCAAGUUUCAGCAUUUUAAACCAGUCAUGGACACCUACAUCGAAAGCCACUUUGCUGGAGCCCUGUCAUACAGGGAUCUGAUCAAGGUGUUGAAGUGGUACGUGGACCGCAUUAUUGAAGCGGAUCGUCAGGAACACAUCCAGCAGGUGCUAAAGGCGACGGAGUAUAUUUUUAAGUAUAUUAUCCAGUCCCGGAGGCUGUUUGCGUUGGCCACAGGCGGACAGAACGAGGAGGAGUUUCGCUGCUGCAUGCAUGAGCUCUUCAUGUCCAUCCGCUUCUUCCUUUCGCAGGAGAACAAGAGCAUGAGACCCAUCACACACACACAGGCCGUGUUUCUGCAGUCAUUCCCCACCGUGUACAACGAGUUACUGAAGCUUUUCACGGUCAGAGAAGUGGCCACGUUUGUCCGAGAGACUCUGGGCAGCCUCCCAACCACCAGUCAGCCAGACUGCCCCCUAGAGGCAGUCAAACUGCACUGCAUUGCCAAAACUGUGGACAGUCAACUUUAUACCAACCCUGAUUCCAGAUGUGUCCUGCUGCCGGUGGUUUUGCGUUUGCUCCAGGCUCACAUGCAGGAGCAGAGAGAUCUGGUCAUGUGUGCCCAUAUACUCACCUGCAUGCUGUCUCUCCUCAAGAAAGAUGAAACGGAUUCCAGCUCAUCUGAAGAGGUGGAUCUGAUCGUGGAGAGUGUGUUGGCUGUUUUACUGCGGACUAUACUGGAAGUCGCUAACAGGCCACAACCUGCAGGGCCGACGCUACGGCCUCAAGUUCAAGAUGUUACAGGGGAGUUUGUGUCUUGUCUUUUGGCUCUGUUGAGGCACAUGAAGGAUAAACACUAUCAGCAGCUCCUGCAGAGAUUCACCAGUAAAGAAGACCUGCGGGACUUUCUCCUGCACAUCUUCACUGUGUUUCGGAUUCUGAUCCGGCCAGAGAUGUUCCCUAAAGACUGGACUGUCAUGAGGCUCGUCACCAACAACAUCAUCAUCACCACUGUGCUCUACUUGUCGGACGCUUUAAGAAAAAACUUCCUCAGUGAGAAGUUUGACUAUAAGGUUUGGGAUUCCUACUUCUGUCUGUCUGUAAUAUUCAUCAACCAGGCCUGCCUUCAGCUCGAGACUUUCUCUGCCUCCAAGAAGAAGAAAAUCCUAGAAAAGUAUGGAGACAUGCGUGUAAUGAUGGGAUGUGAGAUCUUCAGCAUGUGGCAAAAUUUAGGAGAGCACAAGCUGAACUUCAUCCCAGCGAUGAUCGGCCCAUUUCUGGAGGUGACGCUUGUACCUCAGCCGGACCUGAGGAACGUAAUGAUCCCCAUUUUCCAUGAUAUGAUGGACUGGGAGCAGCGGCGGAGUGGAAACUUCAAACAGGUUGAAGCUAAACUCAUAGACAAGCUGGACAGCCUGAUGUCAGAGGGCAAAGGAGACGAGACCUACAGAGAGCUUUUCAACAGCAUAAUUCCUCUGUUUGGUCCGUAUCCUAGUCUGUUGAAGAAGAUCGAGAGAGAAACAUGGAGAGAGAGCGGGAUUUCUCUCAUCGCCACCGUCACGCGGUUAAUGGAGCGACUGCUGGACUACAGAGACUGUAUGAAGUUGGGAGAAGUGGAUGGAAAAAAGAUUGGCUGUACAGUCAGUCUGCUGAACUUCUAUAAAACGGAGCUGAAUAAAGAAGAGAUGUACAUCCGCUACAUUCACAAGCUGUAUGACCUGCAUCUGAAAGCACAGAAUUACACAGAGGCCUCAUAUACUCUUCUGCUGUACGACGAGCUGCUGGAAUGGUCUGAAAGGCCCUUGAGGGAGUUUUUGAGUUAUCCCAUGCAGAGCGAGUGGCAGAGAAAGGAGUAUCUGCAUCUCACCAUCAUCCAGAACUUUGAUCGCGGAAAGUGUUGGGAGAACGGCAUCCUCCUGUGCAGAGAGUUAGCAGACCAGUAUGAAUCCUACUAUGAUUACAGAAACCUCAGCAAGAUGAGGAUGAUGGAGGCUUCGUUUUAUGAUAAGAUCAUGGACCAACAGCGGCUGGAGCCGGAGUUCUUCAGAGUGGGCUUUUAUGGCAAGAAGUUCCCCUUCUUUCUACGGAACAAGGAGUUUGUGUGUCGUGGUCAUGACUACGAGCGUCUGGAGGCGUUCCAGCAGCGCAUGCUCAAUGAGUUCCCUCAUGCUAUCGCAAUGCAACACGCCAACCAGCCUGACCAGACCAUUUACCAGGCUGAAGCCCAGUAUCUGCAAAUCUAUGCUGUCACACCAAUCCCAGACAGCCAGGAUGUCCUGCAGCGUGACGGCGUCCCCGAUAACAUCAAGAGCUUCUAUAAGGUCAACCACAUCUGGAGAUUUCGCUACGACCGGCCAUUUCACAAGGGCACCAAGGACAAAGAAAACGAAUUUAAGAGCCUGUGGGUAGAAAGGACGACAUUAACGCUUGUUCAGAGUCUGCCAGGCAUCUCUCGAUGGUUUGAAGUGGAGAGGAGGGAACUGGUGGAAGUGAGUCCAUUGGAGAAUGCCAUUGAGGUCAUCGAGAACAAGAACCUGCAGUUGCGGACGCUGAUCACGCAGUGUCAAACCAGGCAGAUGCAGAACAUCAACCCACUAACCAUGUGUCUAAAUGGAGUCAUCGAUGCCGCCGUCAAUGGAGGUCUCGCUCGCUACCAGGAGGCGUUCUUCGUGAAGGACUACAUCAUGAAUCACCCUGAAGACGGAGACAAAAUCGGCCGUCUCCGAGAGCUCAUGUUUGAGCAGGCGCACAUACUGGAGUUUGGCCUGACUGUGCAUGAGAAGUUUGUUCCUCAGGACAUGCGGCCUCUGCACAAAAAACUGGUGGACCAGUUUCAUCUCAUGAAAUCUAGCCUCGGCAUUCAGGAGUUUCCGGCUUAUGUGCGAGCCAGUCCAAUCCACUUCACCAACGGGAGUCCUCGAGUCGGCCGAAACUCUGCGCCAAACAUCAUGAGUCCAGACGGAGGAGCGCGAGUCGUGUCCCGCCGCAGUCCACUGAGUUAUCCAGCAGUGAACCGCUACUCCUCAUCCUCGCUCUCAUCACAGGCCUCUAAUGAAGUCAGCAACAUCACAGGCCAUUCAGAGAGUUCAGAUGAAGUCUUUAAUAUGCAGCCCAGUCCAUCUACCUCCAGUCUCAGCUCCAAUCAUUCAGCUUCUCCCAACGUGAGCAGCUCAGCUCCGUCCAGUGCCAGAGGUUCUCCACAGUUGUCGGAUAAACACAAGCAUCCCAGAGAGAACUGCCUCUCUCCACGGGACAGACCCUGCAGCGCUGUAUAUCCAAACCCUCUGGAGCCCACACAGAGGCCUGUUCCUCACCCGGCGGGCGACUCCUCUCUGCCCCGCAGUGACCCCAACAUCUCCAGCCCUGAUAAAGUUGUGAAGCCUGCACCAAGUAGCUGGAGUUUAGACAUGCCGCUGUCUGAGUAUAAUGGAAAGUGUCCCCCUGUCCCUCCUAGGCCACCGUUCACAGGAUCUCCUGCCAGGACGACCCGCUCUCAGUCCCCGGUGUCGACGUCCCGCUCGCCUCAGAAGACCUCCGUGCCGCCAUUCACACCGUCUCCCACAGAGUGCCAGACUACAGGGUUGGUGUCAAACUCGCCAGUGCUUUCUGGAAGCUACAGCAGUGGUAUCUCAUCUCUCAGUCGCUGCAGUGUUUCUGAGGCAUCUGGGACCGAGAACACACCCACUGACCACGCCCUCCCAAACUCUGCCUCUAGUGGCUCGGAUGAGCUCACUCGCAGAGAAAACAAGACUCCGCCUCCUUACAGCAUACAUGAGCGCAACAAUCCAAGACGACAGGUCCCACUUCCUCCGAGUUUAUCCAUUCCUCCAAACAUCGACGCACCACCAAUUCCACCCAAACCACACCAGAUCCGAAGGCAAGACACUGAGCCCCGGCGACCCGAGCAGUUUCCCAGACCUCGACCCAUUCCCAGGAAAGUCUCACAGCUCUAACACUGCCCCCAUGCUCAGAUUAUAACCUCUCCUUUGCACUUUUACACUUAACCGCACUGGGUUUAUGAUUACAAACUUAAAUUUUAGAGUGAGUGAUGGGGGUAUGAUUGCAUUUUGUGCACUUUUUAGGUCCAAAAUUAUAGCUAUGGCUUGUCAGUCUAUCCCAGCCCCUCUAAACAGAUCUUAGUACCUUGGUAUUUUCUCAGAUUUUUCAUAGAUUUAUCAGUGCUAGUGUGUAUUUAUAGUGGUUGAUGAUACAAAAUGUUUUGCCUUAAGAGUCUUUUUAUUAAUGAGAAAUGCACGAUUACAAUGUACUUUUUUAUAUAGACAAAAGGUGCUAGAAGUCCUCUGCAUAUUAAUGUUAGCACAAAUUGUUCAGGAUUGCAUUUUCCUUUAGGCCUAUUCACACUGAAUGCAAGACAAAAUGUGAGGUGAAAUAUUACCUUAACACGUUAUAGAAGUCGUUUUAGAGAAAAGGUACAGCCUUGUUAAUCUGAGCUUUUGUCAUUUAAGGCUAUAAAGUGUGGGGGAGAUCAUAUUUAUUGUAUUAAUUUGCAUUUUAUUCACUUCUUUGGGUUUGAGGUGAUAAAAGUGUGCCUUUGCACUAAUUCUCAUAUUUCCUGCGAUUUAAUAUUUAUACACAUUGGUUAUAUAUGCACAUAUUAUUAUUAAUAGGCUUACAUAAAUAAAUUGGGUUUAUGUCUGUAGUGCAAGAGGCUCACAAACUGGAACUGUUUACAUUUUCAUCAUUUUUAUUUCAGCAGUGUUUCAGUUGCCAUUUCCCCGUUCAUUAAAAAAUAUAUAUAUAUAUAAAGAAUAAAUACACACACACACAGUUGAAGUCAGAAUUAUUAGCCCCCUGAAUUAUUAACACACCUGUUUGCUUUUUCCCCAAUUUCUGUUUAACGGAGAGAAGAUUUUUCCAACACAUUUCUAAACAUAAUAUUUUUAAUAACUCAUUUCUGAUUUAUUUUAUCUUUGCCAUGAUGACAGUAAAUAAUAUUUGACUAGAUAUUUUUAAAGACAUUUCUAUACAGCUUAAAGUGACAUUUAAAGGCUUAACUAGGUUAAUCAGGUUUACUAGACAGGUUAGGGUAAAUAGGCAAGUUAUUGUAUAACAAUUAUUUGUUCUGUAGACUAUCGAAAAAAAUUAUAGCUUAAAGGGGCUAAUUAUUUUGACCUUAAAAGGCUUUUUGAAAAAUUAAAAACUGCUUUUAUUCUAGCCGAAAUAAAACAAAUAAGACUUUCUCCAGAAUAAAAAAUAUUAUCAGACAUACUGUGAAAAUUUCCUUGCUCUCUUAAGCAUCAUUUGGGAAAUAUUUAAAAAUAAAAAAUAAAAAAUCAAAGGGUGGCUAAUAAUUCUGACUUGCCACUGGUGUGCUGGACUAUGCAGAAUCGGUGGUUGAAGAAAAAUGCUUAUAUGUCAUGUCUCAGUCGGUUUUCACUCAGUGUGAAUAGACUUUUAGAAAAUCUGCUACUUUCUUAAAACCAAGUCUCUAGUCUUAUUGCUAAAAAUCUGCACACAAAGAGCUCUCAUUGGUUAGACGAGUGUAUUGUCUAUUGUGUGUUUGUAAUCAAAAGUUAUACCUCCAAUCCAUAUGUGUAAUCUGAGCACAGUCGUGGGUGAGUCUAUACAGGCUUUCUGGAGCAUUAAAGCAUUGAUAGUUUCUUUGGGGUCUGAAUGAUUGGAAUCUGUGUAGGUGGUCCCAGAGAUUCCCAACAAGAGUUUCCGUACAGAGCACAUGCCUACGCAAUGUAAAUGGAAACAGACUUUCAUGGAGUUUUGCCAAGUGUGGUGCCAAAGGAACAGGUGGGCUGUAAGGAAAAUGGAUGUCUUCAACCCGGAAAUGCUUUAUUAGGAUGCAAAUGGAGCGUUAGACAUCCAGUGUAAUAGACUUCACUGUUAAGGACUUAUGGUGCACCGGAUCACUUUACAGCGCUGCGUUACCAUGCUGCUGCUGGUUGUCUGAAAGAUAGUGAGACAAAGUCAUAUAACCUGGUAAUAGAGCUUCUUAUGAAUGGUACUUGAUCUACCUAGGGCAUUACAGAGACUCGAGCUGCCUUUGGGCAAUAAGGGCUGCCAUUCCUGUUCACGUUUAAUCAGAGCUGAUGCAUUCCGGUCGAAUCUGGAUUGGCACCUCUGGACUACACUUUCCACAACCUCAUUCACCUGUAAAAAACACAGGUAGAGUGUAUAUCUGUUUAACCUGUUUGAAUAAUGACAACACAUGCCUAAACAUGCAUAAAUGCAUCUGUAGAUGCCACACAUGGUGCAUAAUAGUGUAAAAUCUGCAGGAAUGUUUGUGCAUUUGCAUGCUAAGUUCAUUUGUUGCCAACUUUGCGAUUCUUUUGGGCCCUUCAAAUGAAGUUCUGCCAAAUAUAAAAGCAGAGGCCAGGAAAAUGUGAUUGUCUAACGCAGUACAAUGUCCUUGUUUAUUUUAUACGUCUUAUUAAUUCUCAAAUUAACUGAAGUAUGAUUUCUUUCUCCUUUUUAUGGUCACAUUUUAUGAGACUUGGAUUUGUUUGCGAAUGCCAGACGAUGAUGACAUUCAUGAAAAUCAGAACUGUAAAUGAAAUAACGAGAUUGUUGUAAUUACGCCAAAUGCAAUAUCUUGUCUAUUGUACAGAACAUGUUUUUAACAUAAGAAGUAUAGCUAUAACAAAUUUACAGCUUUGAAUGUUUGAACAGCAAAUUAAGAUGAUAAAUGUCAAAUAUUUAUGUAUUUUGUGAGCGUAGGGAAAAUGAGGUCGAGAAAGCGCCUAACACAUUUACAUUCUAAUGACUUCCUGUCUAAUAAACAUUUCC